UGAUUUUGCAUUUGGUCCACCUACUCUUCCCUUCCCUUUGAUUGUUUCUUCAUCUGUAUCCAUCUAUAUAUAAUUUAUAUUUAUAUAUAUUUACAUAAUAAUAAUAAUAAUCUCCUUAUUCUUCCGCAUCGUCAAUUUCUAAGUCCAUCCUGCUGUCAAGAAAUGAAUUUUUUGUGUAGAAGUAUGGCUGAGGAAUCUUCACCAUCACAGCAUGAUAUUGUACGAUGCCCAUUUUUGCGUAACAUUAAUGAGCCGACUAACUUCUCCUUUUCUCCGUCCAUGGCUAUCCCAUUACCCGCUCGAGGAACCAAAGGUCCUAUAUUCGAGGACGGUCCCAAUUUUGAUACGGCGUUUAGGCUCUUCCAUGGACAGAAUGGCGUUGUCCCGCUUUCUGAGGGAUCGUUACAAUUUUCUCAAAAAGUUAAGGCUGAGGCUGUGUCCCAGCAGUUUAAUCCUUUAGCAGCAAAGGCUGCCACUAUCAGUCUGUCAGGUUUGGGUGGGGCCUUCGGUUUCGAUGCAUUCAAUGAGAUGUUUAAGAAUCAACAAAAAAAGCACAAAUCGUCAAAGAAAGACUCUUCUCAGAAAGGAGAGUCGAACCACGAGGCAACGGGUGAGGAAUGGCUGAAAAGUGGAAAUUGUCCCAUUGCCAAGUCAUAUAGAGCGGUGAGCAACGUUCUACCACUUGUUGCGAAGGCAUUUAAACCACCAGCAGGGAUUAAGUAUAAAUGCCCACCAGCAAUCGUGGCAGCACGCGCGGCAAUAGCCCGAACUGCCUUCGCAAAGAACCUCCGACCACAACCCCUACCUGCAAAGGUACUAGCAAUUGGAGUACUGGGCAUGGCAGCUAAUGUUCCGUUAGGGGUAUGGCGAGAACACACAAAGAAAUUCUCACCUUCUUGGUUUGUAGCUGUUCAUGCAGCGGUUCCUUUUAUAGGCAUGCUUAGAAAGUCGGUAUUAAUGCCAAAAGCCGCCAUGGCAUUUACAAUUGCAGCAUCUAUUCUGGGCCAGGUUAUUGGGUCUAGGGCUGAGCGCUAUCGCAUGAAAGCUAUUGCUGCCAGACCUCCUAUGGUGAUGGAAACUUUGGUUGGUGAGUUGAACCCGAAUGAGGUCAAUGUGGGUGGGUCUCGCCUGGCCAAGGUUACGAGCGGGCAUUGUGGUGAAGCUGUUGAGUGGAAGUCUGCCCCUAUGCAGGUUGCCGGACCAUCUGCUUAAUGCGUGUAAGCUUUCAGUCAUUGUCGUUGGGUGUGCUAUGUUAUGUUCGCCAUUUUGUUGAGCGUGAGUCAAUAAAAGAUACUAAUUUGUUAUUAUAAAUGUUGCCAAAUUCCCCAAAAGACUCGGCCUGUAAUCUAGUACAAGUAAUUAUGCUGGUAUGCUUAAAAUGUUGUGUAUUCUGUAA